AUGGAAGAUACCCUUUAUCAAGGAAUUAACCAAGUCGUUCAAGGAAAGAAACCUUUGAACAUUCUAGAUCAACUUUUCUCAAACCCACAAAGUCUUUCCGAGACUGAUAAAGACAUAAUACUUGAUACAAUUUGGUAUAUCGAAUCUACUUUCCAGGAUGAGAAUAACGAAUAUCGUACAAGGCUUGCAAGUAUCGUAAAGUAUAUUUUUUCAAAAAAGAUAAUUGAUAUAAAGCUCUUCAAGACUAGACUUGAAGUUUCUCUACUUGGUGCUGCCGGUCUUGUUGACGAAAAGUUGUUCAAUCGAAGACUCGUACGAAUAAAUACAGCCAUGUUAUAUAAACAACAAAAGUAUAAUCUAUUAAGAGAAGAAAACGAAGGAUAUGCAAAAUUAAUAUGUGAACUGGCUCAACACUGUGACCCAGACUACAUAGUCGAAACUGAAGCAGCUCUAAAUGAACGAGCUAAUAGUCUUCUUGAACAGAUUAAAAUGUUAAUAGGAUAUUUCCAUCUUGAUCCAAAUAGGGUUUUGGAUUUAAUUCUUGAUGUCUUCGUAGUCAAUGUUAGAGAGCAUCAUGAAUUCUUUUUACGUCUAUUGGAAAUUUCUCCAUGGCAGCCUGAACCCCCACCAAAUUCUAACAAAAUGGAUGUUGAUGAUCAACUUUUCAUGUGGGAAAAUGAUUUGGGUAAUCCUUCUUGUGCUCAGUUGCUUGGAACCAAAUAUCAAAGAUACGAAGGUGAUAACAUGUUAUCAAACGUGUUCGGAUCCCUUUAUGAAGUUUCUGCUCUCUUAAUACAUCGGGGACUUGUCAGUGUUGGCGAUCUUCAUCCACAUAUCAUGAUUGAUGAAAUAACCGAAGAAAUGGAAUGGAAAAAGAAAUUGGAAGUUCAGCAUAGACAUGAACUUGGACUUGCUUGCGCUCUUCUUAGUAUUGGUGAUUUAUAUCAUGCUCGAUAUUAUAUCUACCAGUUACCGUAUAUACAUCCUAACAUAGCCAAGAAAGUUUGUGAAAUAUUGCAUAUAUCAAUUGAGCCAAUUUAUUUUUCAAUAGCUCCGAAUAUCUUAGAAGCAAGGAAGCCUCCAGCUUUUCCCGGAUCAUGGUACCUUCGAUGGAAGGAUGGCAUACCAAUGUUCAAAACUAUGGAUGAACUAAUCCUUGAAGGAGGCCGAGAAUUAUUAAAUCUUGUGUCUCCCUUUUUUAACGACGACAUCAUAUUAUUCACAAAAAUUCUAAGGCUCGCUCUCAGGCAUCUCACAAUCUCAAGGUCAGCUCCUAAUAUUCAUCAAAUAGAAACGUCCUGGCUUGACAUUGUAAGAUCUGUGAUCUUACCAAGCAUAUCUAUGUGUGAGACAAACCCAGGAGUAAUUACCGAUUUUUGGGAUGUAUUAUGUCAUUAUCCAUACGAAACAAGGUAUGGAAUCUAUGGUGAAUGGAAAUGUGAGAGUUACAACAUACAUCCGAUUUUAAGAGAUUUGAAAACUAAUAUUAUCAAACAAGCAAGGGGCAUAAUGAAAAGGAUUACCGAUGAUAACUAUCGCCAGAAAGGUCGUGAAAUAUCAAAAUUGGCUACAGGAAAUCCUGCUAUUGUUUAUUCAAUAGCGUUAGAUCAAGUUCAACGUUAUCCGAAUAUGAUAACUCCCGUGGUCGAGGCUUGUAGAUACUUGAGUGAUUUUGCUUACGAUGUAUUGAGUUAUCUUAUGCUUGAAAUUUUGGCUAGUGAUAAGCCAAGGAUUAAGGAAGAUGGAAUUAAUAUGGUCGAUUGGUUACAAAAUAUUUCUCUAUUUUGUGGACAAAUUUGCCGGAAGUAUGAGCCAAUCGAUCUUAGAAGUAUUCUUCAAUAUGUUGUCAAUCAGCUUCAACUUGACAAUGAAGUCGAUCUGUGUGUUCUAUCACAACUUAUUACCAAUUUGUCUGGUAUAGAGUUAUCUGUCAUACCAUCUGAGAGUGAUGUAGUUUUGAUGAGCGGGUCUGAUACUCUUAGAAAGACCAGACUGUACAAUAUCAAUAUUAACAAAAAUGUACGGCGUAGUUCGGCAAGAUUAGCUAAAACUAUUAUAGACACUGGUUUUUUGACUCCACUUGCUUUUUACAUAGCACAAAUGUGUCAGAAAAUUCCAUUCCCCGUUUCGAAUGAAAAUAACAUACUUUCGAUAUCAACAUCGUCUGAUCUUAAACAAUUGGGUGCUAAGUUGGAUACAGUUCGCAAUACAUAUGUCCAAUAUAUGGAGUUUCUUGCGCUCAAUGUUGAUAUGAAAGAUCAUCAUAGGAUGAUUCCAGAUACUAUUGAACUGUGUAAUAAAUACGCAGUUCAGCCAGAAUAUGCGUUUAUGCUACUACGUCCUAAAUUAAAUUAUUUGAUCAAAUCAUAUUAUGAAACGACAAUGGAUGCUGAAGAAGACAAUAUUAUUUGGCAGCCUGCUUUGCGUGACGUUAUUGAGCAAGCUCAACAGAUAUACCCGUCUCACGUAUGGAAUGGAAUUAGCCCAGAGUUUUAUACAACUUUUUGGCAACUCUCAUUAUAUGAUCUCCAAUUUCCUGCUCAAGAAUAUCAAAAGGCGAUAAAUGAAACUCGUAGUCUACUUAAGACUGCUGAAGAUAAGAAAAGGCCACAAGAUAUUAAAAAAUAUACGGCUAUUCUUAAUGCGCUUGAAGAAGAAUAUAAGCAACACCCUGAGCAUACAACACGCAUUCGACAAAGGUUAAUGAGAGAAAAAGAUCAUUGGUUUUCUGGGCAAUUCUCAAAUCGUCAAGACAUUAUUACACAAUUUUGGCAAUAUUGUCUUUUUCCACGUUUGAUUAUGUCUGCAGAUAAUGCAGUUUUUUGUGCAAAAUUUAUUGAGGAGAUGCACGAAAUUGGUACAGCAAAUUUUUCAACGCUUACACUCUAUGAUAGAGUAUUUGCGGAUCAAGCACAACCUGUUACUUUUACAUGUACAGAAGCUGAAGCUCGUAAUUAUGGACGCUUCUUGCAAACUUGUUUGAAAUCUCUCAGCGUUCUCCACAAGGAUUCCAAUGCUUACGAAGAAAGAGGAAAAGGGAGAGGAAUACCUGGCUUCCAAAUGAAGUGGAGCGCUCUAAAUAGACAACCAUCAAGUAUUGCUGAAACUGAUUUAUUACAGUAUGAAGACUUUAGACGUGUUUAUUACAAAUGGCAUUCAAAACUUCUCAAGGCUUUCGAACAAGGCCUUCUUGGAAUUGAAUAUAUAUCAGUUCGGAAUACUAUAAUUGUCCUGAGUGAAAUAGUGCUAUAUUUUCCUGCUAUUGAAACUAUGGGCAAGAAAGUUGAGUCAUUCGUCAAGAACAUUGCAGAUAAUGAAAAAAGAUCUGAUAUUAAAGUAUUAGCCCUAAGCUAUUUGGGCAAAUUAAGAAGUAUGAGAAAGACAUGGAUUCCUUACAAACAAUUUCAAACUCCUAAACAACAAACACCCUCAAACGCUCAAAAUCCUACCUCUACUCAAAAUGCCUCAACUCCUACAAAUAAUACUUCAACCGUACAGCAAAAUAAAGCUACUAUUCAGCCGGAACGGCCGUCUACUCCACAACCUUAUCGUGGGAAUCUAUCGAAUGUUCGUGAUGGUCAUCAAUCUCCUCGUGCGACAGCUAGGACUAACAGUCCAAGAAGACAAAUCCAUCCAUUACCUGACAAACCAAUGGAAAUUAGAAAUCCUAUGGACGUUAGAAACCAGCUGCGUGAAAAGGAGCGUGAAAAAGAGCGUGAAAGAGAACGAGAGCGUAAUAAAGAAAAGAAAAUAGACAUUCACAAUGAGCGUGAAAAAGAAAAGAUGAUCAAAAAGAUUGAUCAUGAACGCGAAAGAGAAAUCAAAAAAAUUGAACAUCAUGAACGAGACAAAAUUGGAAGAGACGUUCGAGAAAGAAAUAAAAUUCCAGAAAUACCUCGUGGAGAAAUUGAAAAAAAAGACAUCCGAAAACCAAGUAAAGAAAGACAGCCUGGCGAUGACCGGAUGAAAAGAAUCGAACAUCAUCCACGUAGUAAAGAGAGGGAAUUAAGAGAUCGCGAAGAAAGAAUGAAAGAAAAAGAGCGUGAAAAACGUGAAGAACGUCGCGAAGAUAAACGUGAAGAAAGACGGGAGGAGAAGCACGUCAUCUUGAUGAUGUUUCAAGACGGAUUCGGGAAAAAAAGAGAUAGAACCGAUCGUGAUCGUGAUGAAGAGCCUGAAAUCUCGAAGAAACGAGUGGUCGAGCGAGCGGGGGAAAGGAUCGUAGAACGGAUCCCACCCGAAAUUAUUCCUCCUAUAUCCCGGCCACCUGUAAAGCUCAAUCGAACGACCGAGCAUAUCUCGGAGUUGCUUGUUAAUGGGGGUCACUAUAACCCGGGUAUGAGCAAAAAGCCUGGCGGUGGUGACAAGCAUCGAAGGCGAAAUUAUUAA